AACUCAAAAGAAGAAGAAGAAGAAUUAGCGGAACCAUAGCCGUCCGGUUCUCGCAGCCCGCACUGUCGGGAGCUUUUCACCGUUGCACCACUGAUGUAACUUUCAUUUCCUGAUCAGUAAGGGUCAAACACACAUGAGUGCAGAGUUUGAGUCCAGUUUACGAAGCUGAAACCUUCUUAACACACUCUGAAAACUGUAGUGAACUUUAACGAUGCUACGGACGCUGUGUCGGACCGGCGGGGCCCUUCUGCAGCAAACCCAGCGAGCGGCUCCGAGGCUGUGGGCGACCCCGGCCCAGCAGCGAUGGGCGUCCAGCCUGCCCAUGAACACCGUGGUGCUGUUUGUGCCCCAGCAGGAGGCCUGGGUGGUGGAGAGGAUGGGACGCUUCCACCGCAUCCUGGAGCCGGGUUUAAACUUCCUCAUACCGUUACUUGACCGGAUUCGUUACGUGCAGAGCCUUAAAGAGAUCGUCAUCGACGUCCCGGAGCAGUCGGCAGUAUCUCUCGAUAAUGUGACACUGCAGAUUGAUGGAGUGCUUUACUUAAGGAUCCUGGACCCUUUUAAGGCCAGUUACGGUGUCGAGGAUCCUGAAUACGCCGUCACACAGCUGGCUCAGACCACCAUGAGAUCAGAACUGGGCAAACUCACACUGGACAAAGUCUUCAGGGAAAGAGAGUCCCUCAAUUCCAACAUCGUCCACUCCAUCAACCAGGCGUCAGACGACUGGGGGAUCCGCUGCCUCCGUUAUGAAAUCAAAGACAUUCAUGUUCCACCUCGUGUCAAAGAAUCCAUGCAGAUGCAGGUGGAGGCCGAGCGGAAGAAGCGAGCCACGGUGCUGGAGUCUGAAGGGACGAGGGAAGCGGCCAUUAAUGUCGCUGAGGGUCGUAAACAAGCCCAGAUUCUGGCUUCGGAGGCUCAGAAAGCGGAGCAGAUCAAUAGAGCAUCUGGUGAGGCCCAAGCAAUCAUGGCCAAAGCAGAAGCCAAAUCUAAGGCCAUCCAUCUGCUGUCAGACGCUCUGGCUGAGCAGAACGGAAACGCAGCAGCUUCGCUAAGUGUGGCCGAGCAGUACGUGUCCGCGUUCUCCAACCUUGCCAAAGAGUCCAACACCAUCCUCCUGCCCUCUAACUCUGGUGACGUCACUGGAAUGGUCACCCAGGCCAUGACCAUUUAUAGCAGUUUGGCAAAGGCGACUCCUCAUAAACCAGCAGCAGCCGUGGUGGUGGAGGAGAAGAACGGAGAAGAAGAAUUUAACCAACCGUCUCAAUAACAAAAGGACGAGAACGUGAAUGAACUCAAAGCAGGAAAAAUGACACAGAACCACCAGGAGCAGUUUAUGUUUCAGUCGUCGAGGCUCCGAGGCAGAGCUGCAUCACAAACCUCCACUGACAUGACAGAAGGAAGGAACUGACGACUUUAUAACUGCUGGGAUGUUUGGCCUUGGAGUCUUGGGGGAAAAUCACAUCUUUUGUUACAGGAUUCAUAAUCACUGCUUUUUUUCUUUAUGUUCAGUUAUUGUAGGAUUUGGGGGAUUAAUACCAGAGACUUUUUCAGCCUCUAGGGCCGCUGGAUGCAGAAAUGAGCCUUUGUUGUUUCGCAGUAUAUGAUUUAUUAGCGUAUAGAGAUGUUCCGAUACCAUUUUUUCUCUCCCGAUACCGAUUCGGAGUACCGUUCCGAUACCAGUAUUUUAUUAAAAAAAUAUCAUACUACA